AGUGGUGUUGAACAAGUUUAUUGUUGCAACAAUUAAUGUAGCAGUAAUAUGGCUGGAAAUUUUUGGCAAAGUUCACAUCAUCAGCAAUGGCUUCUAGAUAAACAAGAUCUUGUGCGGGAACGGCAACAUGAUCUUUCAAUUUUAACAGAAGAAGAGUAUCAGAAACUAUUUAUCUUUUUCUCGAAUCUGAUCCAAGUAUUAGGAGAACAAUUGAAGCUUAGACAGCAAGUUAUAGCUACAGCAACUGUUUAUUUUAAAAGAUUUUAUGCUCGUAAUAGUUUAAAAUGUAUAGAUCCAUUAUUAUUAGCACCUACAUCAGUUUUUUUGGCUUCCAAAGUAGAGGAAUUUGGAGUUAUAUCUAAUACUAGAUUAAUUACAACUUGUCAAACUGUGGUCAAAAAUAAAUUUAAUUAUGCCUACUCACAAGAAUUUCCUUAUCGUACAAAUCAUAUUUUGGAAUGUGAAUUUUAUCUUUUGGAACAUUUAGAUUGUUGUUUAAUUGUAUAUCAACCAUAUCGUCCUUUACUGAUACUUAUUCAAGAUGUGGGUCCAGAUGAUCAGUUAUUGACACUUGCUUGGCGUAUAAUUAAUGAUAGUUUGAGAACAGAUGUUUGUUUAUUGUAUCCACCAUAUCAAAUAGCUAUUGGAUGUCUACAAAUAGCUUGUGUUAUAUUGCAAAAAGAUCUAAAGUCAUGGUUUGCUGAACUAAAUGCCGAUAUGGAAAAGAUUCAAGAAAUUGCUCGUUACAUCAUUAACUUAUAUGAAUUAUGGAAAACAUACGAUGAAAAGAAAGACAUUCAAGGGUUAUUAAAUAAAAUGCCAAAACCAAAAGCAGCACCACAGCGCUGACAAGAAGCUCUAUUAUCGUCUAAUGUUUGGAACCGAUAAUAAAAUAUUUUAUAACAAAUGUGGAUAAUUUAUUCUGUUGGAUAUGUUUAUAUUGACAAUAAACUGAUA